UAAAAAACGGGAGGACUGCUCUUCCACGGGUUUUUCGCACUCUUUUGUUUCACCUUCCUUGUUGCUAUGGUCCAUAUGGAUUGAUACAGAUGCUGACGGCCCGGGAUGUUAUCUCAGUAUUACAACUGUUUAGUUUAAGAAAGACGUGAGACAGUGUUGAAACGAAGGUAAUCGCCAAAGAAAUCUUUCUUUCUCAAUAUCUCAAUUUUUCAGACUCAGGCAUAUAGAGGGAUGUUAAGAACAAUGUUUCAAAAUCUACUGCGAGAUGACAUCUUUUACAAGAGAAGAAACUUCACUAUCACUAACUUUGAUGUUUAGGUAAAGCCAAGUUUUCAUCCAAUCAUGCAACAUUGAAAAAUGCGGAAUGAUAUUGAAGCAAUGCUUGUACGUUACUACUAAAUCGACUAAAACUAUGAACGUGCAGUGUUGCUUUUACUUAACGAAGUGGGCCUACAGAUAUUGAGCCACAUCACACUAAAUUUAUUGGAUUGGAUAUACAAACAUAUUAUUUGCAAUCAAUUAAGUAAUUGCAUGGAAAUGGUCUCCCGGAAAGAAAUACAGUACCGUUGCGAAUAUCCAGUAGCACCGAUUCGACACAAGGAUGUGAUGGACAAACUGGCACGUUGUCGAUUCUGCGAUUGUCUGUGCUGCUGCUUGGAGCACUUGGUGGAACACGAGAAUCGUCACGUAAUUGCAACAGGAAAGAGACCAACAGUUAACGAAGAAAGUAAAUGCUCGUCAGAUCUUAGAGAGAAUUCUUCACGCUCUCUAGGAAGAAUGAAACCAAUUAGUACCUCGACCCCACAGGAUGGGUGUGAGCCCAGUGGUACCUCAGAUAAAGACAUUUCAUCUGCAGCAACAGAACAAACACCUAUUGGUUCUAAAACUUCAAAUGCCCCUCACAGUAUUCUUGCUGUGAAAAAUGAUCAGAAGCCAAAAGGUGAGAGUGUUCGAAAGGUUACUUUCUCUUGUAUUGUGGAAACCACAAAUAACUCUAGCAUUAAAGCAAACAGCAAUGAUGAUCAGAUAGGCAAUGAGAAAGAAGUUCAUGACUAUAAGAAUAGCAUUCACAAGAAACUAGGAGAAAAUAAAGACUAUUUGGCUGAGAAAAAUCAAUAUAAGCAAGAAGAAAAAAUUGAAAAAUUUGCUUUUAAAAAUGAAGAUAAGCAAUUUUUGAGCAAAAAUGUUGGCCAAAAUAAUUGUGAUGACAAAUCAGAUGUCGAAAAUAAAACCAAUAUAGUUCUGAAAGGAAAUGAAAAGCAAUUCAAAGAGACUGAUGAAAGUUCGGGAAGUUUAGAUGGAAUGGAAUUAAUUGACAAAAGUAACAAGACAGUGAAUGAGCAUGAAGGAAAAGAACUAGAGGAUGCAGAAUGUAAACUGGAGAAUGAUGGGCAUGAAGAACUUGAAGUGUCUAUAAAUUCGAAAAUGAGUUACGAAGAUAGAAUAGAGGAUAAAACAAUUGAAAUUUCAACGAAAGAAAAAGAAGGAAUGUUAGAUAAUCAUGAAGAAAUGGAUUCUCAAAAUAACAGUUUGGAUGAAUCUGGGGAAAACUCGAGCCAGUUAAAUUUUUAUUCAGAAGAAGAAUCCAGAAAUGAGACUAACUUACAUGAAAAUGAAUCUUUUGGCUCCAUUGAUGAUUAUUUUAAAGCAUUCAGAGAUGGAAACACAGAGCCUAGAGUUCAUAAAGCUGCAAGUCUUUCCUUUCAGGACUCCCUAGACAUUGACUCAAGUCAGUUUUCAACAGGACAAACAUUUACAAAAACUUCAAAAUUACAAGAACAAAUUGAGUCUAAUGACAGUAAUGAUAGUGAACCACAAUUUAUAGAGAAUGAAUUACAGAUAGAUGAGCGAGCAAGUGACGAAGACUCAGAUGUCUCGUCUCACGAUCAUGAUGAUAAAGCUACAAGUUCACCUUGCACAGAUGGCCAUGAUUCCUCUGAUGAACAACUAAGUAAUGGAAGUAAUAUUGAUGAAGAUUGGGGUUUGAUGAAACUUAAAACUGCACUAUCAUACUCGUGGGGUAAGGCUAAAGAGCUUGUAAUGCAAUCAUGGGGAACAAAAAGAGAUACUAUAGAAGAAGAAGAAAAUGAUGAAAAUUGUGCAAAGAGGAUGAAAAUGACACAUUCUUGUUCACGGUCUGAUCCUGAUCCUGAUCCUAAUUCCAAUUCGUCAUUUCCUGUGCAAUGGAAAUGUAGCCGAAGACCUGUUCGUUCCACUGAAUAUUUGAACAUCAGCAAACGUCGCCCUUUGUCACGGAUGAUGAAAAAGUGA